AGCCCUUUCCGAGCCAAAAGAAAGUACUGUAUGUUCCCCAAUAUCAGCUCUAAUGCCGCUUGGUAAGCUAGCUCUAGGAGCCGAGGGCCACAGCUUAGACGAACUGCUAUCAGCUAUCGGUGUUUUAAAAAAAUCUAUGAUCUCGAGUCACUUCAAACCGCUAAUACUGGAACUCCGCUACCUUCCCGGUGUAAAGUUGGAUAUAGCCAGCAAACUAUACAUAUCAAUCAACAGCCGACUUCACAGAGCUUUCUCAGACCAAGCCAAGGAUAUAUUCGAUUCUAGUGCGGAGAAAAUAGAUUUCCAGUAUCCGACGUAUGCAGCUGAAGAAAUUAAUUCCUGGGUCUCCUUACAAACCAAUGGCUUGAUAAAAGAUAUUGUCAGUCCAAUAGACGUUCCGCCUUCUACAUCUUUAGUACUGGUCAACGGUGUAUAUUUUAGCGGUAAGUGGAAAGACAACUUCGAUAAAGUAAAGAACAUGACAUUUCAUUCGCCGAACGGCCAAAUUACCGUUCCGAUGAUGAUAAAAAUUGGACAUUAUAAUUACAGUGUAAGCGAUGCAUUGGGAAGUCGGUUGGUUCAGAUACCGUACAAUGGAGAUAAGGCGUCAUUACUCUUAGUAUUGCCAACAUCACGAACCGGUCUAUCGGUACUUCUGUCUCAGUUAAAAUUAGCACCAGAAUUAUUAGAUUCAGCUCUGUCUCGGAUGGAAUUAAAGAAUCUACAACUAAUUAUGCCAAAGUUUAAAAUUGAGUCACAAUUAAAUUUAAACGCGAUGUAUUUAAAGGUAGGAGUUAAAAAAAUAUUCGACAAUGUUGACUCUGGUUUGACUAAAAUAGUACGAGAUGAAUCGUUACACGUAACUAACGCGAAACAGAAAGCAUUUAUAGAGGUCAAUGAAUUUGGAACCGAAGCUGCAGGAUCAUCAGUGGUAAACACGAUGAAAUUCGCAUAUCAGAAACCAUCGGAAUUCAAGGCGGACCACCCUUUCUUAUUCUUAAUUUUAGUGAAAGGACAGCAAUUAUUCUCCGGCACAGUAGUCAAUCUAAAAUAAUGUAUAUUGUAU